CUGGCAGAAAAUUAGAUUCAGAGUUCUUGGCCCGCUGUGUCAGGCUUGUGAAAUCCGGGAGAAAGGGAAGGCAGUGUGAAGAUCUGAGUUAUGUAGGUGUUCCUGCAACACUAUCCCCUUCCAUCUCUGGCGGCUGGAUCCUUACUCCUGAGAAACUGGAGCAUUGGUGGACGUUCCAUGACAUCAGGGUAGCUCAGCCAGCAGGGGAGAGGGUGGGGCUGGCAGGCUUCGGCCAACGAUGCUGCCUGGGCAAACCUAGACAGGCUACAAACAGCAUCUCGUCCCCGUCUGGGAGGCUGAACAGUUUUUGCAUCAGAGAAGCCUUUGAGGCUGUGUGUCCGGCCAGUCUGCAGAAAUGGGGGGUCCUGCUUGGGGCACCCUCGGGGCCUCCCUUCUACUCCUCGGUGCCCUUUGGGGACUCGCGUGGGGCGGGCAGCAGAUGGGCAAGCUUGCGGACAAGAAGCUGUGUGCUGACGCCGAAUGCGACCGUGAGUCCCCUCGCCUCUUUGUUGUGGAAGAUUGGGGGGUGGGGAGGAAGAGGUCCUCUAGGAAGCUCAGGGAGAUGGGGGAAAGGGUGCCCCACAAUUUGUUCCCAGGAGCCAGAAGUUUGGAACAGGAAAACGCAGGAGGGGAGAGGGUUCGAAUCCUGCUUGCUGUUUCUCCACAAGCAUCCGGUUGGCCACUAGGGAAGCCCCUUUUGGCCUGACCCAGCAAGUAUUUGAAGAACUGGAAAAAGGAUAAACCAUUGGGGAAAGGAUAAUACCUUCUCUUAUCUGGGAGCGGACAGUGUGUUGGGCUUCUUUAUAAAAGUGCAUGGGAUACAGAAAUAAUUUUUGCUCCCCUCCCUUAAUACGAAGGCUGCCUCUUGCAUAGCAGUCGUUGGGGGGCAGCAAUGAGGAAAAGGGUGCUGUUGUCCUGUCCUCUGUGUUUCCAUUUAAAAAAAUGUUACUUGAUGCUUGUUCAAAGAUAUAUAAAAAUUCAUACACAUUAGAAGGUUUCUUUUUAUAAGGCACUGAAAUAAGACAGAUAUUUAAUUGGGAAAGAACAGAGGCAGAAAGGAAAAAAGAAAAGAAAGCAAAAGAAGAGGAAAAUAAUAAAGAUAAAAAGACGUCUGGUUCUCUGUUCUGCAGCAAAAUAUAGUCUUCAUUAACAUUCAACCACUCUAUCUUCUAUAAACCCAAUAUUUUUUCAAUCUUCAAAGCAUUUGUUACAAGUUCGUUGUAUCUUUCAUGCAAAAAGUGUCCAGUCCUUAAAUGUCAGAAAUUAUUUUUCUCUAAUGCGUCCUGCAUGUUUCCUACGAAGCACCAGGGGGGACUUUCUGAGAGUAAGCUGUUCAAGAGCAGAACGGACAACCUCGCAAGGCGGUCAACUCUCCUUUGUUGGGGCUUUUUAAGCAGAGGCCAGAGAAUGGUUUUAUGAUCCUUCCUCCCCAAAGGGAGCAGUGUAACAAGAUUACGUAAAGACAACUUUAAAUGGCACUUUGGAGCGUGGGGUUAAAACCAGCUGUGUUGAAAACUUCCAUUGGCCAAAAAGCCUGGACAAAUCACUCCAUUUCUAUCCCAAGGAGCUCACAGUGGCUUACAAUAGUUCUCCACCUCCUUUUAUCCUCGCAACAACCCUGUAGGGUAGGUUCGGCUGUGAGACACGGAGCAGCCCAAGGUCACCCAGGAAGCUUGACCCUGGCUGAAUUCAGAUUCAAACUCUUGACUCCCUAGGAAGAGUGAGGAUGCUUCCCUUCCCUUGGGACAGAGAGCUUUCCAAAGCAAUGAGGGGAGAGACUUGCGACUUCCCUCUUCCUCCAGUUGCAAAGGAUUCCAUCCUUCGGUUUUACAUUCCAACUUUAAAAAAUAGCUCCUGAGCUUUGGUUUUCCUCUUCCCUCACGGUUCUUAUUUCCUUGCGUGCCGUGGUGGUUUUUUUGACACAUUGUAAGCCUGUGGGGCAGAGACUGUCUUGUUGUGAUUUUGGGCAAGCUGCUGCCCUGGGAGCCUCUUUGCCUGAAGACAUAGCUGUCAGCUUACAGAUUUGAAAAUAAGGGACCAGCGGCCUCGAAAAUAAGGGAUCAGCAGCCAAAAUAAGGGAUUUUGCUGUUGUAAAGAGUUACAUACAUUGGUAGGAUUGACAGAUGCUGUCAAUCCGGCAUGAGGCGGCUGCAGCGCAGCCGUGGCUGCACCACACUUCUGCGUCCCUCCCCAUCCCCUCCUCUUCCUCCUCCCUCAGGCCGCCUCCUCAGCUGCCACCACCGCUGCCGCCUCCGGGCUCGCGGGCAGCAUGGGCGAGAGUCUCUCUCAGGCGGGGAAGGGCUGAUGGAACUCCUCGCGCCAGGAUGACAGCGCCAGUGCACGCUCUCUCGCGCGGCGGAGGACCCCGAGCCGCUGCUUCCCUCCUGAGCCGGGCGAGCAUGAAACCCGGGAAAUUUAAGGGACAUCAUCAAUAAGGGACACAGCACUGGGAUAAGGGAGUUUCCCGCCAAAUAAGGGACGGUUGACAGCUAUGCCUGAAGAGAGGGGUACAGAUGCUCUGAUGUGGGCAUGGCUUUGUUGGGGGGAAGGAGAGGACAACCCUUCCCCAGACGCAUCACGUGGAUGCCAUGUUCCUUUGGGAUGUCAGGAUCUCAGGCGGCCCCCUGUGCUUCUCCCCCCCUCCAUUGCAGAUCCCAUCUCCAUCGCGGUUGCUCUCCACGACUACAUCGCGCCCGAUUGCCGCUUCAUCCACAUCCAGAAGGGCCAAGUGGUCUACGUCUUUUCCAAGCUGAAGGGCCGUGGGCGACUCUUCUGGGGAGGCAGUGUGAGUAGCUGCCAGGGGGCGCCAGUUGGCCGUCAAAUCGUGGCGUGUCAGGGGGUUGGGCUAGAUGGCCACCGGGAACCCUGAAAACUGGGAAGCAGUGAGCAUGACCUGCGUUGUCCCAGCUCCUGGGUCCCCAUAGCCGUUGCCCUGGGUUCGGAUCCUGCUCCUGCCGCUGGCUGUGUCCUUCCUGGGCCUUCUCCAUGUGAUGGGACUCUGUGGAGAAGCUGGUUGUGUUCCUGCCUCCCAAACAGGGGCAAUAAAUAGUGGGGGAUGAUCUCAGUUAAAUUGUAAGGUAAAGGUGUUUUAAGCAUGGUGUGCACCAUAUGGCUUGAACCUGCCUUACAUGUACCACAUAAUACCUGUUCCAAACUUUUAGUGGCCUUUGGAACUACCUGCCUAUUGAACUUUUUGGGUCGCCUGCUAAUAACAUCAUUUUGUUUAGACAGGCCUGUCCAGGUGGUUUAGAAAGCGGCUGCAAGUUUAAAUUUGCUAUUAAGUCUAUUGUUGGGAUGUGGGUGGCGCUGUGGGUUAAACCACAGAGCCUAGGACUUGCCGAUCAGAAGGUUGGCAGUUCGAAUCCCCACGACGGGGUGAGCUCCCGUUGCUCGGUCCCAGCUCCUGCCAACCUAGCAGUUCAAAAGAACGUCAAAGUGCAAGUAGAUAAAUAGGUACCGCUCCGGCGGGAAGGUAAACGGCGUUUCCGUGCGCUGCUCCGGAAGCUGUACGCCGGCUCCCUCGGCCAAUAAAGCGAGAUGAGCGCCGCAACCCCAGAGUCGGUCAGGACUGGACCUAAUGGUCAGGGGUCCCUUUACCUUUACUAAGCCUAUUGUUAUUCUUUAAUGUGUUCAGCAGCCUUAAGUUAUCACUAAGGAAAAUCAACAACAAUAAUCUUAUUGUUUUGCAAGCCGAUUUCUGGUGUUGUUGUUUAAUCAAGUGUUGUAUAAAUUUGAUGAAAAAGCAAAUCAUUAAAUCGCAUGAAGGUGGCACUUCCCACAAUAGCCAGCAGAGGGAGCCCCUUCUAUGGGGAAAACGGACCCAGGUGUGUCCUGCUCCACCCCCCCUUUUUUUUUGGCGCAGGUGCAAGGAGACUAUUAUGGGGAGCAGCCAGCCCGCCUGGGAUACUUCCCUAGCUCCGUCGUCCAGGAGAACCAGUACCUGAAGCCAGGCAAGGUGGAAGUGAAAACUGACGUAAGUUUGGGGGUGACUUGGGGGGUGGGGUGGGACAGGGCACAGUGGGGAGAGCUCCCCCUUUUCCAUGAAGGACCAGGUGCGCAGCCUGGGAGUCAUUCUGGACUCACAGCUGUCCAGGGAGGUGCAGGUCAAUUCUGUGUCCAGGGCAGCUCCCUGCCCACGCACUGUCUCACCAGAGUGGUGCAUGCUCUGGUUAUCUCCCGCUUGGACUACUGCAAUGCGCUCUACGUGGGGCUACCUUUGAAGGUGACCCAGAAACUACAAUUAAUCCAGAAUGUGGCAGCUAGACUGGUGAAUGGGAGCGGCCGCCAAGACCACAUAACACUGGUUUUGAAAGAUCUGCAUUGGCUCCCGGGACGUUUCUGAGCACAAUUCAACGUGUUGGUGCUGACCUUGAAAGCCCUAAACGGCCUCAAAGGCCCAGUAUACCUGAAGGAGCGUCUCCAUCCCCAUCAUUCAGCCCGGACACUGAGAUCCAGCGCCGAGGGCCUUCUGGCGGUUCCCUCACUGUGAGAAGCCAAGUUACAGGGAACCAGGCAGAGGGCCUUCUCGGUAGUGGCGCCCUCCCUGUGGAACGCCCUCCCUUCAGAUGUGAAGGAAAUAAGCAGCUAUCCUAUUUUUAAAAGACAUCUGAAGGCAGCCCUGUUUAGGGAAGUUUUUAAUAUUUAAUGCUGUAUUCUUUUUAACACUUGAUUGGGAGCCGCCCAGAGUGGCUGGGGAAACUCAGCCAGAUAGGCGGGGUACAAAUAAUCAAUUAUUAUUAUUAUUAUUAUUAUUAUUAUUAUUCCAUCCCUGAACCCUUUCCCUGCCUCCUCUCCUUGUCCACUGGGCCAUGAGAUGCGAAAAGCAUGUGCUGUGGGGCAGGGAGAGCAGCCCCCUAACAAGUGGGGCAGGUUGGGAGAUUUGCAUUUUGGAGUUCCCUGCCUAGGAGGAGAAACCUUCCUUUCUUUCAGAAAUGGGACUUCUACUGCCAGUGACUCAAGCAGACCGGAUUGGGGUGACGCCCCAGCUCUCGAUCCCGGAGACCGCGCCAGCCUUGCAGGGUAGGCUGCCUGGGAGUCUCACGCCUUCUCUGCCUAGUUCUCUCUAGAUGCUGCUGUUUUCCUAAGUGGGCCUUGCAAGGGGGUGGGGGCUGCAUCCUGCAUCUGCCCCCCAGGUGUAGAUGAAGAUGGGAGCUUCAAUUGACACAACUGACCCCUUGAAAUAAAGUGCUUUCUGAGUAAAAA